ACAACCAGUACCACAGCACUCUGACCCGUACGGAACGCAUUUUAGGACAUCUUCCGGCGAAUGCGUUCCGUAGACCGAGGACCCGUGCGCUUCACAACGUAAAUUUACGUCGCUUAAUAACGUCAGUAUCUGCACGCAUUCGAGCAUCCAGCCCACAUCACUUCCGGCCUGACUUUGCUCGUCCAUUGAACUUGGGCAAUCACGUGACCAGCGAUAGCAACACAUGAAGCUUCGGAGGGAUAGGCUGCGGGGCAGCUCAGAGAGAGGCGUGUUGUAUAGUAUGUGCUGCAAGCUAACACUCCGAUAUUGAUGAAAACACCGCCGUUUGAAUAUUGAUCGAUGUAUUUGUGAUAUGGCAUUGUUUGAUUGUCACAGACAGCAAGAAAAUGGGGAGGAUUACAUUAUCACAUCUCAGUUUGUGGAAAAGAUGCUGCACUGCUUUAACUCCCUUCCAUAAGGCUGAUGGGAUAGCAUGUCAGAGCAUGACAAAUAGAGAGGAAGACGUGCUACAUGAGGAUCUAGAUCCCACAGGUACCAAAAGUGGAUCUAUUGAAGUUUUGGAGAAUAAUAAUAAUAGCAACAUCCAGAUUCCAAAGAGGAAGUUUGCCAUUAUGUUGGCCUACUGUGGUCGUGGUUAUCAUGGUAUGCAGAUGGACAUUACAAGGCCAAACUUUCCAACCAUUGAAUCUACCCUGAUUUCUGCUCUCAUUCAAGCUCAGUGCAUUCCUGAGAUAUUUUUUAUGCAAAUGAAGCAACUGAAGUUCCAGCGUUGUGCCCGUACCGACAAGGGAGUUUCUGCUUUGGGCCAACUGGUAUCUGUAAGACUCCUACCAUCUUCUAAUACAGUGGAGAAAAUCAAUUCACAUCUUCCUCCUGAGAUUGCCGUUAUAGAUAUGAAAAGAGUCACUAAAGGAUUCUGCCCUAAGAAAAUGUGCGAUAAGCGAUCCUACUCUUACAUGUUGCCCACAUAUGCUCUUUCUGGUUGCGCUCCCUCGACACCUGAUUCAAGCUUCCGAUUGCCUAGGGAAGACUUUCACAACAUCAACAAUCUUUUAUCUUUCUACAAGGGAACACACAAUUUUCACAAUUUUACAUCCAGAAAAGUCUUUCAGGAUCCAAGCUCGUUUAGACAUAUGUUGGACUUGUCAUGCUCGGAACCUUUUGUCCUCCAUGGGAUAGAGUUUGCUCAAAUUCAUGUUACUGGUCAAAGCUUCAUGUUGUACCAAAUUCGUAAAAUGGUGGGUUUGAUUAUAGCUGUGGCGCAAGGCAUUGUUCCUGCAGACUUUCUUCCUCAGUGCAUGCAGAUGGAGACGGUCAACAUUCCUCCAGCACCCGGACUUGGCUUGUUACUUGAGCGUGUUCAUUUUGAUUGGUAUAAUAAAAGAUAUGGGGGAGAUGGCUUUCACCAACCAAUUUCCUGGGAAAAGACAUUGCCUUUUGUGUCUGUCUUCUGGAAGGAAAGGAUAUUGCCAGAAAUACUUGAAGGAGAACUAGAAAAUCUUUCCAUGGCUUUCUGGAUAGAAAAGCUUAAAUUGCACAAUUUUAUAGUGUUUAAAGACAUUUAAUACUGCUUUGUAUACAUGUACUUUUAAUAAAAUUGUGCUUUUGGCAUUA